ACGACGGUUACUUACUUGCCACAGUGAGCCACAGAAUAGACUUUAACAACUGUGGUCACAUGUCACAUACUCCUGUACCAGGCGUUGCGGGAAUGUCUUGUAAAUGCGUCUCGAUACGAUGUUACCUGUUAACUUACCUGUAGUCGCGUGCAUGUGUGUGUACAUACUCUGACAUACCUUUUUUCGAAAUGACCUCUGCAUUUACAAGGUCUCUGUAUCUCCGCGCUCCGUGUUAGGUCGACCCCAAAAUGAGAAAGGACUACUAGUGGAGAGCGGUCGCCGAGAGCAGUACUAACGAUGUCGCGUCUUCUGCACCUGUUGUUCAGUUCAGUCCUCAUCUUACCGUGCGUCACAUCCGAUAUGUUUGACAACUGUACGACGUCACUGAAAAACGUUCAGGAUGGCGAAGAAUCUGUGCUGCAGCCUUCACUAGAAAAGUAUGAAGCAGCCCUAUUGAUGCUGCUUGGGUUUGGAGGUCUAUCCGUGAUGCUUGCCCUCAUACAAUCCGCCCUUAGACGGCACGUGUACCACGACCAACACAACCUUGACACCGCAUUUGAUGCAGGGGGGAAGGUAACUUUCAGUCUCACCGCUGUUACCGUGACGUCACAGAUGCUCUGGCCAGCAGAUUUCCUGCAAAGUGCAACAAUCGCCAUUAAGACAGGAUUGGGCGGGUCGCUGUUCUUCUCCAUCGGUAUUGUCCUCGACAUCCUCCUCUUCCCUUUGCUAUCUAUACACCUCAAGACCCGGGCCCCCGGGGCCAAAACCUUCCUUCAGAUCAUAUAUGCUAGAUUUGGAAAGCCUGCCCACAUUUUCUUCUGUUUUGUGGCACUGUUGGCGAAUCUCGUCACCAUGACAUCACUGGUGUUGGCGGGAAAAGCGUCUCUGCGCGUGCUGGUGAAGGACUCCUCGGACGAGUUCGUCAUUUUGAUCCUCGCUGUCCUCUUUGGUUCUUACUGUCUAAUUGGUGGUAUCGGAACCACCUUCUAUAUAUCUUACUUUAACACGGCCUUGACCUUUGUCACCGUGCUGGUAUUUGUUGUGAAGGUCAGUUAUACAGACAAAGGUCCGACACAGGACUACGCCACGAAUGAAGCCAUGUAUGAGGCAAUGAGGUGUAUUGAUGGACCAGAUGGUAACCAGGACAACUCACUAAUGACUUUCAGGUCAAGGUCAGGCAUUAUUUAUGGUUUUAUGCUAUUUCUGAUGGCUACAUCGUUAGGCUUUUGUGAUCAGGCUAACUGGCAGAGUAGGAUAGCGGCAAAGCCAGCGCAAGGCGUUCUCGGAUUUUUCAUAGCAGCCUACAUUUGGUUCGCGAUUCCAACAACUAUUGCGAUGACGUCAGCAAUGACUUAUAUGUCAUUGAGCUAUCAGAACGGCACACAUUUUCUUACUGCAAACGACAUAGAUUCCGGAUACAUAACCCCAUUCGUGAUGGAAACACUGAUGGGAUCACAAGGAGGAUAUUUACUCAUCACCAUGGUAACCAUGGCACUCAUGUCAACAGGGUCUGGGGAGGUCAUGGCCGUCUCUUCUAUCAUCAUAUAUGACAUCUACCGUACUUACAUCAACGCUUACAGGAAAUCUUGCUCGCCUACAAGUUGUUUAUUGUGUGGUAACGAGAAGGUCUUUGAUACGGUAACACCGGAAACGGAAAUGUGUGCGUGCAAACCGGUGGAGAACUGUCGUGACUGUAAAGACGAUAUAAAACUACGCAUGACCGGAAGUAGAAACUACGGCGUCCGAUAUGGGUGUACGAAGCACGGACUAUAUCGUCACUACGAGGACUUGUUGAUUCACAAUAAGAGCUGGUGUAUUGUCUGGGUCACCAUUGCUGUGGUCCCUUAUGGUCUUGUGAUCAUGGCUUCCGGUGUGAACUUGAACUGGGCCAUAUUCACAUUACAGGCACUCAUCAGUCCGUUCUUGAUACCCAUCCUGCUCACAAUUGCCUGGCCGAAGAGUACAGCUGCUGGUGUAAUUGCAGGGAGUACCAGUGGGCUCGCAGCGGCUAUCACAGGAAUCCUAGUGGUGGGAGAAACAGCCCAUGAGGGUGGUUUGAGGAAUUUUAUGGUGAAUACCUCCACCGAAUACAGCCUCCUUGGCGGUAUUGGUUCAGGUGUCAUCAUCAGCUCGGUGGUUACCAUAGUAACGUCUUUAUGUACCAACAAAAUCAAGUGUGCAGAGGACGCGAAGAAGGAAUGGGAGAAGACUCUCUCGAUUGACAAUCCUCUGAACCCUUGGAGAAACCUUUAUAAAGAAGAACUUUCAAAGAUUGCUCACGAUACAAAAAUAACAGGAAGCAACAUGGCGACCAUAUUUCGGCCUGCAAAGUUGAUAGCUUACGUAGGGGGUGGAAUUAGUGUGUUGUUUUUCCUAGUAGUAUUUCCGGCGGUAAUGUUGAGCUAUGAUGUGCUGACGUUCAGUCAGUUUUCAGGCUGGCUCACUGCCUGCCAGGUGUGGUGUAUGGUCGGGGCAGCGUUUGCGAUCAUAGCGCCACCUGCUGAAGAGAUUAUCCAAGUUUGGCGUCAACACAGAAAAAACAAUACAGAAAAAGGCAAAGCUGCCCACGAAAACAAUACGUAUGACGAACAUUUGUGACUUCCUGGCGUCAUUUCAUUACAGUGUGGUUGAUUCACAUGUUUUUUGCUUAUCCAUAUGUACAUUACUUACCUAUUUUAUCUAACUAUAUACCCAAAAUGGUAUGUAAUACCAAUAUAUAAUGUAUAUCUUUUCCCCCCAUCUACAAAUUACUUACAUUUUUAAAUUGGACCUUCUUUAUUUCCAACAUGUAAUUUUCCUACAUUUUUUUUUAAAUGUCCCUCCUAAUUACCAUAAUUUCUAAAUUUACAAUUUAUAUUUAUAUAUAUACAUUUACAUUUCACACAUAUAUAACCCCCAUAUUUGACUUUACAUCUUAUCUUUAUUACUUAACUAUUUAGAUAAUAAGUCUUUUAUGAUGUAGGAAGAAAAUCUAAAAUAAAAUAUAUAUUUUAUACUUAAUUUUUAAAUAUGCGCGGAAUUCAGAAUGAUCUCGUCGAAGAGGUUUACAAGCACGUUGUUGUCUUGUAGAAACACUUGUCACGCCCUUAACGACGUACCUACUUCACAGUGAAUAGGCUGUCGUCACGUGCAACUAAUGGCAGAAGUUAGGAAUGUGCCCAUGGAUAUUUAUUUGAACCAUGGAUGUGUCAUUCCGCCAAAGUGUCUCACUCACUUCCGGCAUCACACUUUAAUGUAUACGCAUGAUCUAAACGAAUGUUAUCAAAUUUGAUUGAUUGAAAUUUUGUUACUCAUACAAUAAAUAAUAAUCAUCUGACUUACUUAGACUCAACAAUGUGCUUGGUAAUAGUUAUAAACAUAACAGAAUGUGCGCGGAAUUCAGAAUGAUUGAAAUGAACUCCUUUUUUGCAGAGGUCAUUAAUUCAGUCAUUUGCCAACACAUUUUGUAAAUCAAUUAACUCGGCUUACUUUGUUAAAUCAAUCGUAACAACAACAUGAAAUCAAACUUUCAAAUUUAAUGUGAUAAGCUUCCUUAAAGAAAUCGAUAAAAGUAUAAAAGGAAAAUCCGAUAAUAGUCGUUAUCAACGCGGAUAUCCCUACUUGUAGAAACAAUAGCUUACACAUGAACAUGUGUAUCUGAGUAACAUAUGAUCAGGGUCAAACGAUCAAUGUAAUUGAAAAAGUAUAUUUAAAGAAAAAAAUGAAAAAACAUUCAUACAAAAAAAAUAACUUACACCAAGAUAAAAAAAAAGGUGCAAGGAGUAUGAUACGUUGUCUAGUCUAAGAUGUAACAUGUACAGUGUUGUCUGGUAUGAUUUGUGACGUGCACGGUGUUGUCGCGCAUCAUUUUAAUGUCUAUAACAUUGCUCAGGUUGUCUUGUCUAAUGAGUUAUGUGUACGUUGAUGUCUGGUAUAAUUUGUGACGUGUACGGUGUUGUCUCGUAUAAUUUUAAUGUGUAUAACAUUGGCACGGGUUGUGUGGUCUAACAUGGUCGGUGACAAGUGUUAUCUGGUAUAAUUUGUGACGUGAACGGUGUUGUAUCGUAUAAUUUUAAUGUGUAUAACAUUGGCACGGGUUGUGUGGUCUAACAUGGUCGGUGUACAGUGUUGUCAGGUAUAAUUUGUGACGUGUACGGUGUUGUCUCGUAUAAUUUUAAUGUGUAUGACGUUGACACGUCUUGUGUGGUCUAACAGGGUUGGUGUACAUUGUUGUCUGGUAUAAUCUGUGACGUGUACGGUGUUGUCUCGUAUAAUUUUAAUGUGUAAGACGUUGACACGUGUUGUGUGGUCUAACAUGGUCGGUGUACAGUGUUGUCUGGUAUAAUUUGUGACGUGUACGGUGUUGGCUCGUAUAAUUUUCAUGUGUAUAACAUUGGCACAGGUUGUGUGGUCUAACAUGGUCGGUGACAAGUGUUAUCUGGUAUAACUUGUGACGUGUACGGUGUUGUCUCGUAUUUAUUUUAUGUAUACGAUGUUGUUGUCACGUAAGGUAUUAUUUUUAUCUGUAUGACAUUGACAAGUGUUGUCCCGUCUUAGGUGUUUACUUGUACGUACUUAUUACUUCGUGGUGAAUAGACUGUCGUCACACGCAACAAUGACGGAAGUUAGGGAUGUGCCCAUGGAUAUUGAUGUGAACCAUGGAUGUGUCAUUCCGCCAAAGUGUCUCACUCACUUCCGGCAUCACACUUUAAUGUAUACGCAUGAUCUAAACGAAUGUUAUCAGAUUUUAUUGAUUGAAAUUUUGUUACUCAUAUAAUAAAUAAUAGUCAUCUGACUUACUUAUAGUCAACAAUGUGCUUGGUAAUAGUUAUAAAUAAAACAGAAUAAGUACAACCGAAGCGUUACACACAUGUUUCAUUUUAUAAUAUCAAAUCCUUAGUCAUGUCUUAAAAACCGUCACAUGGGACAUGGGUAGAUUUUAGAGAUUACUUUUUAUAAAUUUUAUUUGAACACUGUAAAAUAUUUCGUAACCAGUUUAUUUCAAACAAAUAUGAAAAUGCCAUCUUUCAAACAAAUCAAUACAGAAAUAAGUUAACCUUUAAUAAAUGUUAGUGCAAUUACCUUUAAACUGGCCAUACAGUUAUCCGCGGGUAAACCAUUUCAGAUAUAUACCAUAUAAUUAAGAACAUUCCUGAAAUCCUGAAUUUUGAGGCAAACUCCAACACCUACUUUCUGUUCCAGUAAUCGCAGAACAUGACAAUGACAUAGAUCAGUUUUGCUAUAGUAUCAUCGCCGUUGUCAGAUACACACAAUAUUAUUAUCAAAGAUAAUUUGGUUGGUUUGAUUAACAGGGUUCAGCGUCAUAUUAACAGCUAAUGUCAUUCAGGGACGUGCCUAUGUGUGUGUAAUGUAUGAGAGUGUACUGGAUGGAGUAUGUUGAUGUAUUAAAAAUAUAGAAUAUAAAUACCAAAAACGGAAAAUCAAGAAAAUCACCCGUGGCCAUGCUGGCAAAUUAAAACUAUAAAUAACGCGCCCUAAACGACUAAAUUAUUUUUCACUUGAACCCCUACCACAUGGUUCCUACUCGACCCACGGAUACGCGAUCGUGCAGAAAAAGAAGAUCCUAUGUGUAAAAUACGCAAGUGUUGCUUUAGACUUCGAAUACGAUUUCUGCACAGCGACCCAAUCUUACGUUGUCACUGUUGCCUCCAAAUUGAAAAGGGUUCAUUUUCACCCCAUUUGUAGUACAGGUGUAUAUGGAAAGAAUCAAGACAAUUAAGGACACGUGAGUAAUUUAAUUACUUUAUUAAAAUGUUCUCACAUCAUGGAUUCGCUAUAUACAUAUACAUAUAAAUCUGAGACUAUUAUUUUGUUAAUCAACUUACCCAUAAUAUGAUGAUAGCAUUUUACAGUUGAUACUACUAGCCUACCAUCACAUCUAAAUCUCACAAACAAAUGAUGCUAGCAUUAAAUAAACGUUAUCUUUUAUCAAUUAUGAAACCAGUUUUAUCAGCUUUUAUUGAUCACUCUUGUUAGCCAAGCCGAGAACUCAUGGGUGGUCCUUGUGUGGAAGUAAACCGAAGUUCCGGGUAAAAAUCACUCGUCAAGUCUUUUCAGGGAAUUAGGACGUGGCCGUUUAGAGGGAAGGGUGUUUGCGCUAUCUUUUACACCAACCAAAUACCCCAAAAGGUACAUUGAAUAACUUACAAUGCACUGUUUUCAUCACAAACAACUGGUUCUAGUAACUUACCGUGCACUUUUAAUCUACAAAAACAACUGAUGCCAAUACGUUGCUAUGCAAUCCUCUGAAUCUCACAAACUCACGCCAGAAAAUGACCCUGCUUUCUAACUUGCCAUGCUCGCUAUAUCCCAAAAUUGAUACCAAUUCAUUACCAUGCCCUAAAUCUCAGAAACUGACAAAUAAAAAAAUACCAAGCUUUCCAAAUCUCACAAACAUAUUAUAGUACCACACCAUCUAUUUAUGAUCUUGAAAUCUGCGAAUCUAAUGAUUUAUCAUUCACUCUAUUCCUCACAGACAGCAUACACUGGUAAAUUACCAUGUCAUCUAGAUAUCUCACAGUGAAUUCACUGAAUCAAUAACUAUGCAUUUGACUUAAAUCUUUGAAAAAAUCUUAAACUUACAAUGUCAUGUAGAAAUAACAAAUAAAUGAUUCAGGUAACUUAACAUUUAUCGCAAGCUAAUGAUAUUAGUUACUUGCUUUGCCAUUUAGAUGUCACGAACAAUAAAAAAAUAAUAAAUAAAAUGAAACAACAAAAUGAUCUAUAUAAGAUUCCUGACGAAUAUAUUUCACAGCCUGUUGUCCAUUCAUUCAGAGUUCUUACUAAAAUUUAUCGAAUUUGCCGAAUAAAAAAAAUUAACAAUCUAGAACUUUAUUUUCAACAUGACGUUUGUUCUAACAUCGUUUGACUGCUAAGACAGAAAAAUAUAGCUAAUUGCAAAAAAACGAGUUUUGUUUGCUUUGUCUUUUUUUAAUUGAAGGUUAUUGAAAAUGAAUAUAAUUUUUACUUUCAUGUUCAACACACGAAGAAUUAAGUAGUAAAGUCACAUAGCAAUUCCCCUGGUAUAUUAUAAACAAUUUAUGUCGAUCCGUUUCAGGAGCUUUCAGAAUAAAAAAUAUACAAACAUGCUUAUUAUACUACAUUAGUGAUAAUAACGGUCAUUAUGAAAUAUCUAUGAACAAAUGUAUUAUGAAACUGAAAUUUCAAUGUUGAACUAAAUCCUAAUGAGAUUAAUGCUGAUGGCCAAUUAAAUGACAUUAACUGGAUUUGAUCGUCAAUAAGAAAGAGCUGUUUCGACUUCAUUUAAGGUUAGGUUGUCAUAUUUUUGACAUGCAACAUACAUUGGCUUACCUAGCGCACCAAGUUAAAUAUGUAGGUAAGCCAAU